CCCGAAAUUAAUUACUUUAGAAAACGGCAAGAAAUUUCUACUAUACAAGGGGUAUACCUACUGCUUUGGAUUCAAGAGUAAACUCGGCAACCGUUGGAGAUGCACCCUAACGUCGGAUUGCAAGGCGUUCAUCAUGGUGACCAACGAUGGUAGGCUGAUACGAGCUACAGGUACUCAUAUGCACCGACAGCAGAAGUACCACAUACUGCCGGAUGGAAGAUACGUGAAAAUUUAAUUGCCGAUAUCACGCCAGAUAAACUUGGGAUAGAUGAAAUCACAAUGAUAUCUGGGAAAAAGUACCUGAGGGUCUUCGGGUAUACCUACGAGGGAGCGCUCAAGCUGAAAUACUCCAUGCGCUACCGCUGCAGCCAAGGCUGUGGAGUGUAUCUUUACAAAUCGUUCGACGUCACAUUUGCUCUGUCACAGAGAGGCGGUCGUCUGCUUAUCUUCAACGGGUAUUGCUACAGUAUGCAAAAGUUCAGGAACGACUAUUUACACUGGAGGUGUACGAUGGUCCAGCCGGGUACAGCGAAACGUUGCACCGCAAAGCUUUACACUACCAUAGAGUACAAAGUAAUAGAAGAUAUAGGAGAACAUUGCCACAAGAAACCUAAGUUUACAAAGAAGAAUAAUACAAUCAUCAGAAUCUACUAGAUUCUUAACACGACUUGUUUUUUAGAUAUAUUUAAAUAUCUUUGUGUUUUUAAACGCUUUGCUACGGCGGCACUGUUUACGUGUUCCUAAUAAAAUAAAGUAGUUUAAAAAUACUAUAGAAAUAUUUGUUUAAAGAUUAAUUUAUUACAGUUAUAUUUAGUAUUAACAUUACACUAUUUACUGUAUUUGUCACCAAAGACCGUUUUCGUGCUUCAUAUAU